AUGACGUCCACUCCCCAAUCGACCCUGGCCGUUGAGCUCGCAAAGCGUGGUGCGAAGGUGGCUAUUACCUUUGUGUCUCCCAGCAGCGAGAAGCUGGCAGAUGAAGUGAUCGAGAAGAUCGCAAGCCUCAAUAAUGGAUCUUCAGCCAUCAAGAUCCAAGCCGAUGUACGCGAUCUCAAUUCUCCGGCCAAGGUCGUGGCCGAAACCACUGCAGCAUUUGGAGACUCUAUCGACAUUCUUGUCAACAACGCCGGUGUGGAGUUUUCCAAGCCGCUUGGAGAGAUUACUGUCGAGGGCUACACGGAUGUCUUCGAUGUCAACGUUCGCAGUGUUAUCUUCAUGACGCAGGCGGUGCUUCCACACCUCCGAGGCCCAGGCCGUAUCAUCAACAUUGGUUCAAUUCUGGGGAGGAUCGGCCAUCCGGGUUCAAGCGUCUAUUCCGCCACUAAAGUUGCGCUCGAAGGUCUGACCAGAGGCUGGGCUUCAGAGCUUGGUGCGGCUGGACACACGGUCAAUGUCGUCGCCCCUGCUCUUACGGAGACGGAUAUGAUGGCUCGUGCAACCAAGGGAGCCGGCUCUGAUCAGGCCAUCCAGAUGCAGCGUAUGAUGACUCCUCUGGAACACAGACUGGGCAAGGCGGAGGACAUUGCACUUUCUGUGGCAGUGCUGGCGGAGCCGUCAAGCAGGUGGAUCACUGGGCAGACUAUUCAAGCUGGCGGAGGCAUUUACAUGGCAUAA